CUGGGAUGCGACAAUGCAAAGCCCAAAUGCGAAAACUGUCAAGGAAGAGCUAUUGAGUGCACGUACACCAAGAGAACCAAACAAGCUAGGCCCUCCAACGCGCGCAUUAACACUCUUGAAGAGGAGAACGCUCAACUUCGCGAGUUGCUGCGACUACAAAGCGCAAGCUUGAACUGGGAACACCCACCCAACACUCCUCAACCCUCCUUGGACGAUUCUAUUCUCGUCCCAAAUCACCAUGACUCCGCUUCCAACACAAUCCACGUGUCGGACACUGUCGAUGGUCCUCACAAUGACGUAUCUUUGUCUCAUUCCGCAACUCCAGAUGAAGCAAACCAAACUCCCUUCCACGGCCCUUCGAGCGUCGUUCUUCAGCCAGAAUCUUCCAUGCCUGCCCCAGGUGGCACAGUUGAGUCAUGUAAUCUUGACGUGAAGAAUCAGCUUUUGGCCGAAACGACGAGGCAACGCCAAUAUGAGAUGAUCAACUUCAGGGCCGGAAAGCUUGAUUUUGGAGGCAUAGAUCCUGCCCUUGGCAUGGAGCUCCUUUCAAAUUUCUGGAACCGCCAACACUACGCAGGUCCCAUCGUUUAUCGACCAGCCUUUAUGAGAGACAUGGUCUGCAAGGGUCCACACUACUCAGAUUUAUUGCUCAACGCCAUCUUAUUUGCAGGCUCAAAGUAUUCAAACGACCCAGCAGUGCGGAGCAACGUCGAUAACAAGGACUCGGCCGGACGACCCUUUCGCGCCAAGUUCGAGGAGAUUCUGCACGGUUCACAAGUCUUGUUCAAGAGCCGAGUAACAACUAUACAGGCUCUCCUUAUUGUUGCCGACGCUCUCUUCUCUUGGUGUGAUGAGACGAGUCUAUCGUGGCAUUACAUGGGUCUCGCCAUCAGCAUGAUUGUUGAUCUUGGUAUCCACGUCGAUGGCGCUGCGAGUGAGAAAUCAGCAAACCACACACCAGAGGAUGCAGAAGUGCACCGAAGAGUGUUUUGGGCAGCCUUUACCCGUGACAAAGUGCAAUCGAUAUAUCAAGGCCGACCCGCACGACUCAGAGAAGCCGAUAACCGCGUGCCGAUUCGGUUUCUUGACGAAUAUGAAGAGCUUGAAGAGUUCAACACCAGUACCUACUCGAGAUAUCCGACACAGCUGGGUUGUCCGACAUAUAGUGUCUCGACCUUUGAGCAGCUUUGCAAACUCAGUAUCAUCAUGGAUCGAAUUCUUUGCAACCUCUAUUCAGAAAAGAGUUGUUCUAGGGAUCCUCAGGAACUUUUCGAUGCUUCGAAUGCCCUUCAUGGUGAGUUGAAGCGCUGGAGGAGUGCGAUGCCUGCACACUUGCUUGUGCAUCUGAACAACCCCGGCAACUCAACAAUCCUCCCCCACUCUCUAUCAUUACUGGCCAUGUACAACUCUCUAGUCAUCUUGCUGCAUCGACCCUUUGUCUCCGAUGGCCACCUACAAUCUGCCUCGUCAUCCGCAGCACGAGACGCGUUCUCCCACUGCGCAGUAGCAGCGCUGGAAAUCCACCACAUGCUCCAAGUCUACAGACAGCACUUUUGUCUCAAAUCAGUACCUUAUUUCGUCUCGUAUGCAACAUACGUCAGCGCCACCAUCCAUGUCCGCAUGGCCGCGCAAAGAGGUCCCGAGUCAGGGGCCCACAAGUACCUUCGAAGCUGCCUGGAGGUUCUGGGGGAGCAUCAGGCUAAGUGCUUCGCUCCAAGACGGGCAAUGAGGGUCUUGCUUGCGAUUAUGGAUCGUUUGAAUGUCCAUGUUGGAGACUUUUCGGCUCUCGCCACUUCAAGUUGUCAAGCUGAUGAGGCGGCGCGGCCUAUUGAAACCCCCUCUAGCCAACAGACACUACAGGCCUUGGCCCCCUCAGAACAGCUACUAAACAACAAUCAGGGUGACUUGGACCUUGUUUUGACAGAUUUGGACAUGGAUGAGAUCAUGAAGACCUUCAGUCUUGUCCCGGAAGCCCAACCUGUCUCCAUCAACGAGGAUCUCGCAGCGGAAAGAUUCCUUCCGAGCCAAGACACACUCCCCUUUUCCGAUGUAUUGUUCGGCUUCGAUUUUGACAUAAUUUAG